GUGGCGGAGGCGGGCGCCCGCUAUCACUCCGGGGAGAGCGGCGCAUCCCCGCUGCGGGCUCCGAUGGGCGGUGGCGGGCCGAGCGACCUGGCAUGUUGACUCUCAUGGCCAACUGCUGCAACUUGUUCAGGCGGUGGCGCGAGCCGGUCAGAAAGGUGACACUUGUGAUGGUAGGACUUGAUAAUGCUGGUAAAACAGCCACAGCAAAGGGAAUCCAAGGAGAGCAACCUGAAGAUGUAGCUCCUACUGUUGGAUUUUCUAAAAUUGACCUUAGACAAGGAAAGUUUGACGUUACCAUCUUUGACUUGGGAGGUGGAAAACGAAUCCGGGGAAUUUGGAAGAAUUACUAUGCUGAGUCCUAUGGGGUAAUAUUUGUUGUGGAUUCCAGUGAUGAAGAAAGGAUGGAAGAGACAAAAGAGACAAUGUCUGAAGUGCUAAGACAUCCUAGGAUAUCAGGAAAGCCUAUAUUGGUGCUGGCAAAUAAGCAAGACAAAGAAGGAGCUUUGGGAGAAGCUGAUGUGAUUGAAUGUCUGUCUCUUGAAAAGUUGGUCAAUGAACACAAGUGCCUAUGUCAGAUAGAACCUUGUUCAGCAGUCUUGGGAUAUGGAAAGAAAAUUGACAAAUCCAUCAAAAAAGGCCUUUUUUGGCUACUACAUAUCAUUGCAAAAGACUUUGAUGCCUUGAGUGAACGCAUCCAAAAAGAUACUACAGAACAACGCGCUCUUGAGGAGCAGGAGAAACGAGAAAGGGCAGAGCGAGUGCGAAAAAUAAGGGAAGAAAGAGAACAAAGACAGCAAGAACAGACUGAAUGUGAUGGAACCAGCGAUCAGGCUGAGUUGGACCCAGGAACAGUUAUUGCUAAUCCUUUCCAGCCAAUAGCAGCUGUAAUCAUUGAGAAUGAAAAAAAACGUGAAAGAGAAAAACAGAAACAAACUGUGGAAAACGAUAGUGAUAACUGUCUCCUGAGACAUGAAGUGGAGCCUGGGCAAGUAGAAACACCGGAACAGGCUGGUGACAGUAACCUCAAAAAUGAUGAACUUGACAUUGUAGACAAUUACAAAGAGGUAUUAACACAGCAGUUGGAGAAUGAAGAUGAGACAGAUCAGCGAUCAUCAGAAUCAGAUAACUUUAAAAAGAAAACUAAGAAACUGAGAAUGAAAAGGAGUCAUCGGGUGGAACCAGUUAAUGCAGAUGAGUCUGUUCCGAAGAGUCCAACUCCACCCCCUCCCCCUCCUGUUGGCUGGGGAACUCCCAAAGUCACUAGACUUCCAAAACUUGAGCCUCUGGGUGAAACACGACGUAAUGAAUUCGGUGGGAAGCCACUGCCUCCCCUGGCUGUGCGACAGAGACCUAAUGGAGAUGCUCAAGAUGUGAUCUCAUAACGUUUUGACUGUCAGCAAGGUGACCUGAGACCUUCUUUCCCAAAACAGAAAAACCCUGAACAGUGAUGAUGAGGGCAGGAUAAUCAGUGAUUUUAGGGAGGAGAUAAUAGCUAAGAACCUGGGCUCAUAAUUGACUUCUCCAUGGUUAAAACAGGGAACAAAAUGAUUGGUAGGCGGGAAGAACAUUUGGGUCACGUUAACAGAGGCAGUGUUAAUUCUUUGGUUUACACAUCCCCACUCAUGGGCAUAUUCCUCAACAAAACCCUCCAACAAAAUAGAGCCAAUGGACUCUGUGUACUUUACUAGUUAAGUCUGUUUUUCUCUCUUUAUAAAACUUUUUUUUAUAAGAUACAUAUACAUAGGAGGGAAACUCCUGAGAAUUUUUAACCUAAAAUUGUAACUAUUUUUAUAUUCUUCCAGAACUUUUAAGUUUACUGUUUUAUUGAUUGUGCACUUUUCUACAGAUGCUUUAUUUAAACUGUCUGGAAUAUAGAGUUGAUUUACUUGACAAACAUGAAUUGUACAAGCAGGAUGUGUUAAAUGGCUUGAGGUAUGUUUUGUGAUAGCAUUAUUUUUAAAGUAUACAUCCUAUUUUGACCUUAUUUUAAAAUAAUAGCACCUAUCUAAAAUAGCAAGUUGUCAGAUCAUUAUUGUACAUGUUCUGUUCAUUGACAGCAGUAUGUGAGAGUGGUUGAAUUUUGUCAUUAUAGUUUACUUUGGUGGUGAUUUCAAUAAAUGAAAGAGACCUGA